AUGAAGAAGCUGAUAUGCAGUCACCACCAAGAAGAGAGCCAAACUGUUCAGCUACAUGAAGAGCCAACCAAUAGUCAGGCCAUCAGUGCCUGCAGAGCAGGAGGUCAAGGAAUAUCUGGACAGCCAACCAGCGAGGAAGACUGCAACCCCCUGCAUUUUUGGAAGGAGCAGAAGAAUGUGUUCCCUAUCCUUAGCGAACCUGCCAAGAAAUACCUGGCUAUACCUGCAUCGUCAGCACCAGUUGAGAGGCUAUUCAGUGUUGCAGGGAAGACAUUCAGGCCUGAGAGAUGCAGGCUGAACAGCACAACCUUUCAGACAUUGAUGAUGAUCAAGUCCAAUGGACAUAUCCUGAAGAAAAUCUGUGUCAAGCCUAACUAA